AUGAGCUCUAAAGAAAAAGAAACGAAGUUUCUCCUUCGUGACGGAGAGGCUUCGCCUCCUGCCUAUCCUGACGAGGCGACGGUCAAGCAUCGCAAACCUCGGUAUUUGGUGGGCUACCCGCCCGGGGACCAGCUAUACAUGUCCGUGUUCACCAUCUUCUGCUGCUUUAUGCCGUUUGGGAUUAUUGCACUAAUCAAGAGCAUAGAGGCCCGGACUGCCUACACACUGGGUCGACACGAGGAGGCUGCUAUUGCUACACGCAGUGCCAGGACCUUCAAUCGUUGGUCCAUCAUCGUCAACGUUAUUCUCCUGAUUGUGGGAGUGGCAAUUUGGUUCGGGGUCAUUUUUUACGCCAUCAACGCCAUGAACGCCAUGAACGCUGAGAAGACCGUGGACUCCGUGCCACUCCAUCACCCGCUGAUGGUGCCUCCAGAGCAGCAGCCGCCUGCCUACGAACUGCCGGCCUACUCUGAAGUAAAGCCGGUAGGAAUUCCAGUCCAGUUACAGUUGGAUGGUCAAACUGUGGCGGCCACUCUCAUUCAAGAGCCACAAGGGAAGCACCUGGUGUUCAUAGGUGACGGAGGAAUGGGAGGAAGUGCUCAAUCCGCACGUCCCCCUCCUCCCAAUGACUACCUUUGUCUGGCUCUCCUUGGUCUUCUGUGUUGCUGCUUCCCACUGGGCAUUGUGGCCCUCUUUCGCUCCCUUGAGGUGCAUCGACUGUACAGGCUGGGAAACUACAGUGGAGCACAGAAUGCUUCCAAGAAGGCCCAGAGCUGGGGGAUGGCUGCUGUGAUAUUUGGACUCUGUGUCUUCGUUCUCCCCGUCAUUAUGCGUCUCUACUUCAACUCUCAGCAUCACGUCAACAUACACUAUGACAACCAUCAUUACUAUGACUACUGA